AUGGCCGUGGCUGAAGUGCAGGACUAUAUUCAAAGCUCUGGCAAAAUGCUGCAAGAGGCGAACCAGCCAGCGCACCUGUCGUCUGAGAACAUGACUCGCAGACAGCGUGAGUUGUUUCUCGACCAACAGAUUGGCGAUGCUGAAGCUCAGGCGAUUUCUGAGGCACUCAAAGUGAACACGACGUUGACUCAGUUCGGUAUGGGCACGAAUCAGAUUGGCGAUGCUGGAGCGACUGCAAUUGCUGAAGCACUCAAAGUGAAUGGGAAGCUGUAUUGGGUCGAGCUGGAGGAUAACCAAAUUGGCGAUGCGGGAGCCCAGGCGAUUGCCGAGGCACUCAGAGUGAACACGACGCUGAAAUAUCUCAUACUGUACGCGAACCGGAUUGGCGAUGCGGGAGCCCAGGCGAUUGCUGAAGCACUCAAAGUGAACAAGACGCUGACUAGCCUCAGGCUGAGUAAGAAUCAGAUUGGCGAUGCUGGAGCCCAGGCGAUUGCCGAGGCACUCAAAGUGAACACGAAUCUGAAUUGCAACUGCAUCGGUAAAGCUGGUGCUCAAGCGCUCAACAAGGCACAAAGCUGUCGAUAUAAACUCGAGUUCGAGCUUGAAACCCAGACGACCUUAGUGGCAUUGUGCGCGCUUCCGCGACCGACCACUGCCGAGGACGCUCAGAGCGUGUUUCACCUCCUCAUGAGCGGAUUUCAGUACCACUCUGAAGCUGGCACCAACAUGCAAACGUCGCCGCACUUGCCGAGGUUGCCAGCCGAGGUUGCUGAGCUCAUCAUGGACGCGGCUUGUUACUGGCCAGGGGUGCAUGUUGUCGAACAAUCCUGUCAUGACCCAGAUGAGAAGCCGCGGCCUGUGACAGUCACUGUGCCCAAAAGCACCGGUGGAAAUGGCAGUCCGUUUCGUGUGCAAGUCGUCCAACUGCUUCGUGACAGGAGGGAGCAUACCUACUUUCCAAGAGCCAUUGACUGGAUUAUUCGAGAUGAGCACGGUGCUGUUCGAUACAAGGGUGCUGCGACACCGGUUGCCUUCGAUUCGACGAUCGAGUUUGUGACGAUGCGGGCAGCCGACCAUGCACACAUCCGACAAAUGCGCGAGGGCUGGCAAUUUGAAGUUCAGCCUGGCAAGGCGGCCUGCUAUGUGCGUUUGGAAUCGCUUUUCCUGGGGUACAUUUAG